GGUGGCACUUUGAGUCAUUUGUGAACGUGUGGAGUGGGCACACCGGGAUAACUGACGGAGAAGGGCACGUGUAACCUGAAACGGACCGACCCGCAGCUGCCUUAGAGCCCUCACCUAAAAGCAACUGUGGUUUGUUUCGGGAUCUGCAGGGCGAGGUGGAACCAAUCUGGCUUAAGUAACUGAUGCCAAGUGUGUUACCUGUGCUUUCUUCUAGGCUACAUGACUUCCUGAACGACAAGAACAAUGUUAUGUUGGGGGUAUUGGUCUCUGGGCCAACCUGGGAUCAGCCCGAACCUGCAGGGCAUUGUGGCGGAGCCACAGGUGUGUGGAUUUAUAUCCGACAGAAGCGUCAAGGAAGUGGCCUGUGGAGGAAACCACUCCGUGUUCCUGCUGGAGGAUGGCGAGGUUUACACGUGCGGUGUGAACACCAAGGGCCAGCUGGGCCACGAGAGGGAAGGGAACAAGCCGGAGCAAAUUGGAGCUUUGGCAGAUCAGCACAUUGUCCAUGUGGCAUGUGGCGAGUCCCAUAGUCUGGCCCUCAGUGACCAGGGCCAGCUGUUUUCCUGGGGUGCAGGUAGUGAUGGGCAGCUGGGACUCAUGACUACUGAGGAUUCUGUGGCAGUACCCAGGUUAAUACAAAAGCUGAACCAGCAGACAAUAUUACAAGUUUCCUGUGGCAACUGGCAUUGCUUGGCUCUUGGAGCUGAUGGCCAGUUCUUCACGUGGGGGAGAAACAGCCACGGGCAGUUGGGCCUGGGGAAGGAGUUCCCUUCCCAAGCCAGUCCACAGAGGGUGAGGUCCCUGGAGGGGAUCCCGCUGGCGCAAGUGGCCGCAGGAGGGGCCCACAGCUUUGCCCUGUCACUCUCAGGAGCUGUAUUUGGCUGGGGGAUGAAUAAUGCAGGGCAGCUCGGGCUCAGUGAUGAGAAAGAUCGAGAGUCUCCUUGCCAUGUGAAGCUCCUGCGAACACAGAAAGUCGUCUAUAUCAGUUGUGGAGAAGAACAUACAGCAGUUCUUACAAAAAGUGGAGGUGUGUUUACCUUUGGUGCUGGUUCCUGUGGGCAACUUGGACAUGAUUCCAUGAAUGAUGAGGUCAAUCCAAGAAGAGUUCUGGAGCUGAUGGGCAGUGAAGUCACUCAAAUUGCUUGUGGCAGACAACACACCCUAGCCUUUGUGCCUUCUUCUGGACUCAUCUAUGCAUUUGGUUGUGGAGCCAGAGGCCAACUAGGAACUGGACACACUUGUAACGUCAAGUGCCCUUCUCCUGUGAAAGGUUACUGGGCCGCCCACAGUGGCCAACUUUCAGCCAGAGCUGAUCGCUUUAAAUAUCAUAUUGUUAAGCAGAUCUUCUCUGGAGGAGACCAGACUUUUGUACUUUGCUCCAAAUAUGAGAAUUCUUCUCCUGCUGUUGACUUCAGGACGAUGAACCAAGCACAUUACACCAGUUUAAUAAAUGAUGAAACUAUAGCAGUUUGGAGACAAAAGCUCUCAGAACACGACAAUGCAAAUACAAUCAAUGGUGUUGUUCAGAUAUUAUCUUCUGCAGCCUGUUGGAAUGGAAGUUUUCUUGAGAAAAAAAUUGAUGAGCAUUUUAAAACAAGUCCCAAAAUCCCUGGAAUUGAUCUGAACUCAACUAGAGUGUUAUUUGAGAAGUUGAUGAACUCUCAGCACUCCAUGAUUCUAGAACAGAUCUUAAAUAGCUUUGAAAGUUGCCUGAUUCCUCAGUUAUCGAGUUCACCACCAGAUGUUGAAGCGAUGAGAAUCUACUUAAUACUCCCAGAGUUUCCCCUGCUCCAGGAUUCCAAGUAUUAUAUAACGUUGACUAUCCCCCUGGCUAUGGCCAUUUUGCGGCUGGAUACAAACCCCAGCAAAGUCUUAGAUAACUGGUGGUCUCAGGUAUGCCCAAAAUACUUCACGAAACUGGUAAACCUCUAUAAAGGUGCAGUUGUUUAUCUGCUGAGAGGAAGAAAGACAUUCUUAAUCCCUGUACUGUUUAACAAUUAUAUCACAGCAGCUCUCAAGCUCUUGGAGAAGUUAUACAAGGUGAAUCUUAAAGUGAAACAUGUGGAAUAUGAUACAUUUUACAUUCCUGAGAUUUCCAGUCUAGUGGACAUUCAGGAAGACUACCUCAUGUGGUUCUUGCAUCAAGCAGGCAUGAAGGCUCGGCCAUCUAUGAUGCAGGAUGCUGUAACGCUUUGUUCCUACCCUUUUAUCUUUGAUGCCCAAGCCAAGACCAAAAUGUUGCAAACUGAUGCUGAACUGCAGAUGCAGGUGGCAGUCAACGGGGCCAAUCUGCAGAACGUCUUCAUGCUGCUCACCUUGGAGCCUCUGCUGGCCAGAAGCCCCUUCCUGGUCCUUCACGUUCGCAGGAGCAACCUUGUUGGAGAUGCCCUAAGAGAGCUGAGCAUUCAUUCUGAUAUUGAUUUGAAAAAGCCUCUCAAAGUCAUUUUUGAUGGUGAAGAAGCAGUGGAUGCAGGUGGCGUCACAAAAGAGUUCUUUCUUUUACUGUUAAAAGAAUUGUUGAAUCCCAUCUAUGGAAUGUUUACCUACUACCAGGAUUCAAAUCUCUUGUGGUUUUCAGAUACGUGUUUCGUAGAGCACAACUGGUUUCACUUAAUUGGCAUAACCUGUGGACUUGCCAUCUACAACUCCACUGUGGUGGACCUGCACUUCCCGUUGGCUCUCUAUAAGAAGCUACUGAACGUGAAGCCUGGCCUGGAAGACUUGAAAGAGUUGUCACCCACAGAAGGAAGGAGUCUUCAAGAACUGUUAGAUUACCCUGGGGAAGAUAUUGAGGAGACUUUCUGUCUCAACUUCACGAUUUGUCGAGAAAGCUAUGGUGUGAUUGAACAGAAGCAGCUGAUACCAGGAGGAGACAGAGUGACUGUGUGCAAGGAGAACAGGCAGGAAUUUGUGGACGCUUAUGUGAAUUAUGUCUUCCAAAUCUCAGUUCAUGAGUGGUAUACAGCUUUCUCCAGCGGCUUCCUAAAGGUGUGUGGUGGCAAAGUGCUAGAGCUCUUCCAGCCUUCAGAACUGAGGGCCAUGAUGGUGGGGAACAGCAGCUACAACUGGGAGGAACUGGAAGAGACUGCCAUCUACAAGGGUGAUUACUCAGCCACACAUCCCACCGUGAAACUAUUCUGGGAAACAUUUCAUGAGUUCCCAUUGGAAAAGAAGAAGAAGUUUCUGUUGUUCCUGACGGGCAGUGAUCGCAUUCCCAUCUACGGCAUGGCCAGCCUGCAGAUCGUCAUCCAGUCCACGGGCAGCGGAGAGGAGUACCUGCCCGUGGCCCACACUUGCUACAACCUUCUGGACCUCCCUAAGUACAGCAGCAAGGAGGUCCUGCGGGCGCGGCUGACCCAGGCCCUCGACAACUACGAGGGGUUCAGUUUGGCCUGAGCACCCCAGCUUGCCCCAGGUUUCCCUUCCUUCCUCAGCAGCCACAGUGAGGCCCAUACAGAAAAUCAUAGGGAGUGAGUUCUAUUUUUUUUUACUAUAUAGCAGGUUGGAACUUUUGAAUCCUGAACCUGAACCAAACUCCCCAGUGUUCCUUGCACUUGUGACUAUGUUGCACUCUACUGGAUAAAGGGCGGUAGAUUUUUAAACUAUUUCCCAAAUCUCUCUCUCAGCACUGAUCUUUCCUCCUAACACUUCCUUGUCCUUCUUCCGACUUCUCAUUCCUCUGCAAGAAUGAUUUGACUGACCCAUCCUUUCUCUCCUGCACAUGUAGAACAUCUUUCUCUGCAGCCUUGGAAAUGCUCCUGGCUUGUUGCAGCCCAACCCUCAGGACUGAGGAGGAAAGGACUACUUCAGAAAUUCCCAAGCCCAACAAGCUGAGUGUGGGUCCAUGACUUUGGCAGAACUCUUGAGAAUUUAUGGGAGCCUUUAACAAACAUGCCUUCUUGUUUUGUUUUUUUAAAGUUCUCGAGGGCCUAGCUGUCUUCCUGUGGCUCUGCCUGUUCCCGGCCCUCCUCAAAGCUGUGCAAAGCUGCUUAGUUUUGCAGCUGAGCUGAAUUUUGUCUGGUUGCUCCGCCAAGCCCUUCUGACAAAAAGAUGAGGUAACAGGUCCCCACCCUCUUCUAUCAUUUUGCUUUUGGAGCAAGUCGCAUUAAUUUUUUAAGAAAUAUUUUCUCUUAGAAAAGUAGAAAAAAUAAAUUUCUUGCCUCUUUCUAUAACUAUCACUUUCCAUCUCUACCACUUUGUCUUUCCUCCCCACCUGCUACUUUUCAUCACUUUCUGUUACCUAACUUAAUGCUCCCUUCCUUUCCUUCCAGUAGAUGCAUGCAGUCUAUUUUAGUUUUUAUUUAUAUUUAAAUUGCAAAUAUUUCUAUUCAGAUUCCCCCCCCCUUCCCUAAUUGCUAAGACUUAAGGAUAUUCUUUAUUAUGGGACUUUUGUUUAAUGCAUUUGAAAUGUUUGUUUACAAUGGGAUUUUAGGGAUUGUGUUUGAAGCAAAUAUACGUAUUUAAAAAAUCACAAUAUGCUGAACCUUCUUCAUGAGAUAAGAAAAUUCUAUAUGAGCAAAGAAUCCAUUUCAGCCUAACUUUAAAUUCCUAGUCACUAGAGAAAAGACUUAUUUAUAUAAAAACGAAGUAUUUAUGAACCAUGAGACAGCAUCAAAUCUCAAUGAAGGACUGUAGAUUUUUGCUUUUUCUUUUGUUUUUAAAACUUAUUCCAGUUGGUAGUUUUUCAGUCUUUAUAAUACAAGAUUUAAAAAAAGAUAAACAGUUAUACGAAAUGUUUAUUUUCUAUGUGUGUGCAUAUAGUUCAAUAUUAUGCAAUAAAUUUGGUGUUUUAAUGUAA